AUGUCUCUAUUUGUAAGUAAAUUCAAUAUCUUAGAUUGUAUGAAUAUUUAUUUAGGUUAUACUUCAUUUCGAAAAAUAUCUCAUGCACUUGACAUUAUUUCGAAAGAUCCAAUGUUAAGAAAUAUAUUUCAAAUAGCCAUUUGCCAUGGUAAUUUGGAAAUGCCUGAUCAAACUAUUCAAUCAAAACAAUCAUCAAAUAAAAAUCAGUGUAACACAAGCAAAAAAAUAUAUUUUAAUUCAUCUGAUUCAUCAGAUAAUGAUAUUGAAUUAAAAACAAAACCGAAAAUAAAACCAUCUGAACCAGUGAUUACUCAUCCGAAUGACAAUGAAAUUCUUCAAGCAUUUAAAGAACAAAUUGGUCCAUUAAAAAUGAUUACAUUUAAUUUAUUAUCUCGAAUUGAACAACGUUUAUGUGAAAAAUUUAAAGUAACUCAUUUUCAAGAAUUAGGUCAUGAUACUUUUACUAAUUAUAUAGCACAAAAUGAGCAACUAUUAUUUCCUAUUGAUAUUAAAUUCAAAUUUUCUUCAUCAGAAUGUAAUGAUAAUAAGAAAACAUUUAUAGUUUUAUUUGAAGAUCUUGAACAAUUUAUUCUUCAAAUACUUGAUAGAUCAACAGAUCAACCAUAUAUUGAGCAAGUUAUUUGUUAUCAUUAUCAAAUUGAAUCAUUUGAACAACUUGGAUAUGGUUCAUUUCGAUCAAUAUUUAAUUCUAUUAAACAAAAUAAAAAGUCUCAGAAUACAUCAAUUCAUUAUGAAUGUAUCUUAUUAGAUGAAAUACCAAUACUCAAACAGACAUUAAAUAAAACAUCAAAAUCAUUUCUACAAGAUGUUGAACAACAAGCUUUACAUGCUAUUAAUCAGUGUCAUCUUCUUGGAAACCUUCAUUUUGAUACACAAUGGAAUUUACGUUUUCGUUCAUUAUUAGGCAAUUUGAAAACCUUUCUUUUGCGACAUUCGAUUCCAAUACUCGAAAUUGAUCAUAUUACAUUUCUGAAAUUAUCUUCGAAUUCUACGCUCGAUCUAUUCAAAGAAUCUCUUUAUAAUUACGAUUCAAUCUUAACUUCAGGACAUAUUGUUUCAAUUCUUGUUCAAUAUGGUUCAUUAAAUAAUGCUCCAUUAUCUCUUCUUUCAAAUAUAGUACAUACAUUUUUCUUGACUACAACACUUGAUAAUCGAUUAUAUAAUUUUUUGAUACAUAUUUUUCUUCGAAUACCAUUUCUUCUUCUUUCAUUUAUUAUUGAACGAAUUUUUCUUCAACCAUUAAUUAAACUUGAAGGUAGUCAAAUGAAAAUACGUGAAAUAUUAUGGAAAACUAUUGAUAAACAAGAUUCAAAUAUGAUUAUGCGAUUCAUUCAAUUAGGACAACAAUUAGGAUUUACUGAAUGGUCAAUGGAUAAAAUAAAAAUUGACACGUCAAUUAAAAUCAUUCAACAAGAAAAACAUUUACCUGUGUCAGUUUCAAAUCUUGUAACAUCUUCAUUAGUUUCAAAAGUUGAACAAACAUUUUCUACUAAUAAUAAUGCUUAUGAUUUAAUUGAACGUAUUCGUCGAGAAAAAUUUGGUAUUGGUUUAAAUCUUUCAAAUGAAAGUCAAUAUUUAACUGAUCAAUUAAAAUCCCUUGUUGGUCGAUCAUUAGAACGUCUUUCAAAAGAAUUAUAUAAUAGUGAUAUGCAUUUUGUACUUGAAUUAAUUCAAAAUGCUGAUGAUAAUCAAUAUGAUAAUAAGCCUAGUUUAGUUUUUGUUAUUGAUUCAAAUUCAAUUAAUAUUUAUAAUAAUGAAAUUGGAUUUCAAGAAAAUAAUAUUCAAGCAUUAUGUGAUAUUGGUAAAUCAACUAAAGGAAAACAUAAACAAGGUUAUAUUGGACAAAAAGGAAUCGGUUUUAAGUCAGUUUUUACUGUUUGUGAUCGUCCAGAAAUUUAUUCUAAUGGUUAUCAAAUUUGUUUUGAUGCUUCUAAUGGUUCAAUAGGAUAUAUAUUACCUAAUUGGAUACAAAAUGAAAAUAAAGAUGUCGAAUAUUCAAAUUGGAGAACACGAAUAUGUUUACCAUUAAAAUCUGAAAACGAAAUGCAAAAACAUAAAUCACGUUCAUUAACAGAAAGUUUCAAUGAUAUUCAUCCAUCACUUUUACUUUUUUUAAAUCGUCUUCGUUCAAUAACUAUUCAUAAUCGUUUAACUAAUUCAAAACAAAUCUAUGAACGUAUUGAUAUAUCUGAUACAAGUAUUGUUGAAAUACGUUGUGAACAAAUUAUUGAAAAAUGGUUUAUUAUUAAAAAACAAUUAAACAUUCCAGAAGAAAUUAAAGCAAACUUCGAUGAUGUUGUUGAAGCAACAGAGAUAGCAUUAGCUUUUCCUUUACAUGAAGUUAAUAAUAACGGAGAAAUUAUAUUAACUAAACAAGAUGUAUAUGCUUAUUUACCAUUAAGAACGAAUCAUUAUAUCGAUAUGUCUCGAUUAAAAUCAAUUGUUCAAUUAUUAACAAAUGAUAAUUUUAAAUCACCAAUACAUAAUUCAAUUUAUUUCACACCAAAAUAUAAUAAUCCAUAUGAUUUAUUAAAAGAUUUCAAUGGAUAUAAAUGGAUAUUAAUUAGUGAUAAAUAUAUUCCUGAAAAUUCAUCAUUAAAUUAUCGUAAAAAGUUACAUGAAUUUUUUUCUGAAUUAACAUUACACGAAACUUAUAUAAUGUUUCAUAAUAAUGAAUUAUUUUUAAAAUAUUUAAAAGAAUCUAUAUGGAUACCAACAAUUCAAAUUAUUUAUUCUUAUAAUGAAGAAAUUAAUCAUAUUGAAUUAAAUAAAAUUCAUAAAUUAGAUAAACCAAAUAAUAUUUAUAUAAAAACAAAACAAAUUGAACAACUUUUUCAACAACAUAUUCAAUAUAUUGAUGUUAAUAUUGAUUAUAAUUCAUCAUUUGCAAAUGAUAUUGGUCUUAUUCAAAAUAUUACAUUAGUUAAUGUUAUUUCUAUGUUAAUUAAUUGGUGUAAUAAUUCAAUUUUUUAUACUUCAAUUUCUCAUAUGCAAAAUAUUUAUGAAUAUAUUUAUGAAAAUAUGAGUAUUAAUGAAUUACGAGAAUUAAUUAAUAAUAAAUCAAUUUUUUUUGUACCAAUUUUAUCAUCAUUGAAUCGUACAAAUAUUGUUCGUGGUAGAUUUGUUAAUAUAUCUGAAGUUUGUUGGUGUGAUUCAACAAAUCUUUUUCUUAAAUAUUCUUCAUUGUUAAAAACAACUAAUCGUUAUUUACUCGAACCUUAUUAUACUGAACAAAAAACAAUUUUUCUUGAUACAUUUUCUAUUCCAUUAAAUCCAACUAUUGAAGAAUAUAUUAAUUUAUUAGUUCAUAUCUCAUCACUUGAAACAACAGAAAAUACUAUUCAAGAUGCAUUUUUAAUCUUUAAAACCAUUGGACAACGGUGUUGUGAACAAUCAAAUAAUCUCAUAGAGAAACAAGAUUUACAAAAUAAACUAUCUCAUAAAUCAAUUUUUCCUACAAGAGAUCAUCGUUGGGUUUCUUUGGAUGAUAAUCCAUUGAUAUCGGAUAAUAAUGAUAUUGCUCAAUUAUUUACUCAUAUGAAAAAUAUUCCAUUGAUUGAUAUAUCAUCAUCAACAGACGUUUUAAUAUUUUUUAAUAUGUGUGAUAUAAAAUCUCUUUCAUCAUCAAUUACAAUUGAACAUAUCAUUGAAAAUCCAUCGGAUGGAAUUUUUAUUCAAAAUUUACUUUCUCCAUUGAUUCCAUAUAUACAAUUAUUUAUGAAAUCUCGAACAGAAUUUUUCGAUGCAUAUCAGUGGACAAAAUCAAUAAAUAUGUCAUCAUUACUUAUGAAUAUUCAAUUUAAUAUUGUUGAUUAUCUUCAAUUAAUUUAUCGAUUUAAAUCUGAUUCAUCUAUUUGUAUAAUUCGAGAAGAAAAAUCAUAUUAUGAUAAAAAUCAUAUGAUUUUUUAUAUUCAUUAUGAAUGGACAAAACAAUUAAAAUAUUAUCGUGAUAUAUUUCAUUCAUUUGCUCGAAUAUUUAUACCAUAUCAUAAUGAUGAUUUAAUUCGUUCACUUGGCAAUUUUAUGAAUUUAUUAUAUAAUGAAGAAGAAAAUAAUCUUGAUAUAUUUGCUAAAUAUCAAAAUUUUGAUUUAGAUUUUAAAGAUUCCGAUGAUAUUCCAUGGCAUAUGCCAUCAACAUCAAAACAAAUCAAACAUAUUGAACCAAAAAUUGAUGAAAAUAAAGUUCGAAUGUUACUUGAAAACGUUGCUCAAAAUCAAGAACAAUAUAAUGUUUAUAAACAAAAAAAACGACAAGAAUUAAAAAAACAUCUAUCUGAAACUUCCACGAUUGCUAAUAAUCUAUCUGUUGAACAUCAAAGUGCUUUCGGUAAAAAAAAAUGA